AUGGACCAAGACGAUGGAAAUUGGAGAAAUGGUAUCAAGGUACUAGAGCGUUAUGAAAAUGUGCAGAGAAUCACAAAACGAUUAGAGUUAAAGGCAGCAGAAUUGAACCAAAGCCCGCAAAAAAAAGCUUUUGAGAUUGAGACUACAGCAUACAAAGUCUCUCAAUCAAGGGAUGCAUAUAAUUCUGCAUGCAACGCCUACGCUGAACUAUCACAGCCAAUAUCAAACCUCGUGCAAGGAGAAACUGGGCCAGAUUCCCCUGGUAUAGUCAUUGGAAACUACCAUGGAUGUCAUCAUAUUUCAUCUGGUCUCUGCUCAGAUGUGUACCGUUGCAAAGCGGUAGCCCUUAAGGUUAUUUUGCAACUACACAACGCAGAACCACACAAUCCAGAGCUAGAAAUAAAGAUACUGUCUUCUCUCGCUCAUCCCUCAGUUAUUAAGCUCAAUACAGUAUUUCGCGAUGCGUCUAAUCGUCUAAUUCUGGUUUUUCCUUAUCAAGCUUUCACUCUUGCAACAUUUCUUACCGCAGGCACUCUUCCUCCAAGAUCAACAGCACAUUGGUUUUACGAUAUAUUUUCAGCUCUUGAAUAUCUCCACGCACAGGGUAUUAUUCAUAGGGAUAUCAAGCCUUCAAAUAUAUUAAUUGCAUCCGAUACUGCACCCGCUUUACUUUCAGAUUUCGGUACUGCCUGGCAUCCCGUAUUUUCAGCUUCCUUUGAAUCGCCCGCAUCCAAAUGCCUUGAGGUUGGAACCACGUCUUAUCGAGCCCCAGAAACAUUGUUCGGUUACCGCGGCUACGGUACUCCUCUAGACCUUUGGGCCACUGGUACUAUGCUUGCUGAAUGCCUACGAAAUCCUCCCAAGUGUCUCUUUGACUCACGCAAUACAACAGAGACUGGUAACCAACUAGGUCUUAUUCUCAGUAUGUUUCAAACUCUAGGAACUCCAACACGAGAAAAUUGGCCUGAAGCGUCUACAUUUAACACGCCGCCGUUUGACUGGUACAAAGAAUUUCCUGCAAAGGAUUGGAAAACUAUCUUAGUCAAUGUAGAAGAGUCAGGCAUAGAUUUAGUUAGGAGAUUACUAGUCUGGGAAAGUGGGAACAGGUUGACCGCUACCGAGGCCCUGCAACAUCCUUUCUUGAGAAGAUCUGAAUAA